GCCAUUUUUAAUUCCCGUUAAAAAUAUGCGCAUUAACACGCGACUCUGAGUUAGAGUCGCCACUCGUUGUGGGAGGGGCUGUUGCUGGUACCCCGGGAGUGACGUCAUGUCACCUGCUGCCGCGUGACGUCACAGGCUGCAGCUUCGCGCGUGCAGUGAAAUCCGAGCCCAAGCCCGCCUGAGCUGCUGUACCGCUCUUGUUUACAGAAGCUACCUGCCCACAACACAAGCUGUCGCUUGGUCUGAUGGAGCAAAGGCACUCAGCACAGCUCGGUACGGCAAGGCAACAAUGCGACCAGCGUGGAUACAGCACGGAGCGGACUGGAAAUUUGACACAGCACCAGAGAACACACACAGGAGAGAAACCCUUCAAGUGCACUGUGUGUGGGAAGGCAUUUGCAUGGCAAUCUGCUCUUAAAAGACACCAGAGAACACACACGGGAGAGAAACCCUUCAAGUGCAGUGUGUGUGACGAGGUAUUUGCACAGUCAUAUAAUCUUAAGACACACCAGAUAACACACACGGGAGAGAAAGCUUUCAAGUGCACUGUGUGUGGGAAGGCGUUUGCACAUUCAUCUGUUCUUAAAAGACACCAGAGAACACACACGGGAGAGAAACCCUUCAAGUGUACUCUGUGUGGGAAGGUGUUUUCUGUUUUACAUCAUCUCGUAAUACACCAGAGAACACACACGGGAGAGAAACCCUUCAAGUGCAGUGUGUGUGGGAAGGCAUUUGCACAGUCAUCUACUCUUGUAACACACCAGAGAACACACACAGGAGAGAAACCCUUCAAGUGCAGUGUCUGUGGGAAGGCGUUUGCAGAGUCAUCUUCUCUUGUAAAACACCAGAGAACACACACGGGAGAGAAACCCUUCAAGUGCAGUGUGUGUGGGAAGGCAUUUGCACAGUCAUCUGCUCUUGUAACACACAAGAGAACACACACGGGAGAGAAACCCUUCAAGUGCAGUGUGUGUGGGAAGGCGUUUGCAGAGUCAUCUUCUCUUGUAAAACACCAGAGAACACACACGGGAGAGAAACCCUUCAAGUGCAGUGUGUGUGGGAAGGCAUUUGCACAGUCAUCUUCUCUUGUAAAACACCAGAGAACACACACGGGAGAGAAACCCUUCAGGUGCACUCCAUUUGGGAAGGCAUUUGCAUGUUCACCAAAUUUUCAUGUACACCAGAGAUCACGCAAGCAUCAGAAGGUCCACCAGGAGUGGAGUCUGAAAUCAGCUUGUGCAAGUCAAAGUGCUGCAAUGAGCCCAUCUGUCAUCAAACAAGAACUGGAAGAAAAUCCCAGCUUGGACACUUUUAAAGGUAACGAGGUGAAAUAUGAAGAGGUGAAGGUGAAAUGUGAAGAAGUGAUGGUGAAGAGCGAAGAAGUGAAGGUAAAAUGUGAAGAUGAAGAUUCAACUCCAAAAUGUGACCUUCACAUCGAUGGAGGCAACGUGAAGCAGGAGGAGAAUUCUGACUGUGAGGCAGAGCGAGGCAACUCCCAGCAGCAGUUUGUGGAAGUGGAGGUGUGGGUGGACUUCCUCCGAGACAAUACAAAGUCAAAUGGAGACCCGGUAGAUGUAUAAGCCAGUGACGAUGCCGCUCCAAUAGAUGCACCCUUGUCACAGGCCUUUAAUGACAAGAAUGUGAAGUUGAACACCCAAUUCCUAGAUUCAACCUGCAGGGUAAGAGCGGCCAGUCUUUGUGGACCUGUGUGUUGGGUAGAUCUCUAACCAGGAGCGAGAGCCAAUAAGCUCCCAAGCAUUCACUCUGUUCUCAUCAUAAUUGCAUUUAUAUGGUGCUUGCUUAAUCGCCUCUGCAACUCUGAGUUUUGCAUCGUAUCUCGUCUCAAACACUCGAAACAUCCCCAAGUGGCAGCUGCCCCUGUGUGGCACAAGGUGGUGGCCCUGCACCGUCCUGCGUGUGGACAAGAGCCUGUCUGGGGGGCGAUGGUUGAUGUGGCAUCUCAGUUGUGGAGUUUGUAGGUAAUGUUUAGAAUUUGCUACAUUUUUACCCAGAUGCCAGCAUGCAAUGGCCGACUCGUUUUGAAUGGUGCAUUAGUAUGUUGUACAUACACUGUUAAGCAGACGGUGCGUAUUUUUUAAAUUAGCUUCUUGUUAAUAGGAUGUAAACUAAUAAAGCAUAUUUCAGUGCA